AUGCCGUUUCCCACACCAACGAGUCCUGAAUUCCAGCAAGAUUGCAAGGAGGGAAUUGACAGUGUUGUUGAAAGGGACGAGGAAGGUCAGAAAGAGGAAAAAUUGUUGGAAAGUGGGUCAAUUGCGUGCACCAUUGAAGGUUCAUUAGGGGAUGCCUCCCCAGAUGUCCAGAGUCAAUCGUUACAGAGAAGCUUCCCAGAACCCCCAGAAAACAAUCAAGGUCCAUUCAAUGCUGAAUUUUUUGACGACUUCUUCAACCUCGCUGAAACAAUUAUCUUUAAGGAGGACCCUGAGGACGAUGUCUUAUCAGACGACCAUUUCGAGGGCACAGUAAACCCCGAUUUAUCUUCAGACAUUGAACCGCCACAAGCACCCGAAGACUACGAAAAUGAGCAGAUUCUGCUUCUUGAGGCUUUGCUGGAAUCCGCUCAACCUCUGCCUCAAACCCAGCACCAUUUUGAACCAGUUCAUCCAGCCUGGAUCGAUGUUCUGGAAUGGGAAGCCUUGGAAAUGAGUAUCGGCUUUGCAAAUCAUCCGGACGUUUUUGAUUUGUCAGAUGUUGAAACAGACAGCUCUCUGGAGAUCUUUCUUGACGAGGAAGCAUACAAUGCUCGUAUGGCUGAGAUUCUUUCACAAAGUGAACAAUCUGACGGGAACAGUUCUGACAUUCCCCGAGCGAUUUACCUUCUUCAGCAGUUUGGAAAAGUUUUGGCGUUUUUUGACAGGAUCCUUCAAAGCAUCGUCAAGCUGUGGGUUGUGAAGGUUCUUGUGUUUGUCUUCAAAAAGCUUCGUGUUUUGGAAAACCUAGCAUGGUUGGGUACCAAGGCUCGGAGCAUUUUUGGAAUUCUCAAAGGACCUGUUGAUGUUUGCGUGCAUGCUUUGACAUUGGCCUUGCCUUCAGUGGAGGCUUUUAUCGGAAGCUUUCACGAAAAGCCUUUUUUGGGUAUCAAAGGGCUUCGUCCUACUCACAGCAAAAUACGCCUCAAAUCUCCAGCUAGUGCGUUGCUCGGCGCCGUCAAGAGAAACACCUUGAAAAGCAUGGCCUCCAGAGCACGUAUGCUCCGGGAACGGGCCGAAGUCGGUGAAAGAUCCCAAUUGAACUAUGAGGGCAUUGGAAUCUGGGGUUUCACUUCGAGAUGA